CAGCAUCUCUAGACGUAGAACCUGCAUCCAUCGGAACAUUCACCACUGCUACAAAAUCACAAACCAUGCCUUCAUCGGAGGAUGACAUCAUCCAAGCAGAGCCUGAGGAAAUUCCCUCUGCAUCUUUUCCCCCUAUAGCCCAUGGACCUUCAGAAGGUGGGGACACCACCCGAGAACAGGAACCACUUAAGACGGCCAUGGAUAUGUCUACUGAUGACCCUGACAUGCAAGAAGACAUAGAAAUGGUAGAAACGGACGGUACAGAAGCAGCCGAUACGCUGGAUGAGUUUGUCAGUGGAUUGGAAGGUCCAUUUGAGUCCACUGCAGCCCCCGGACUCAGACACAUGAGCACCCCUUUAAUGGCCACUACUGAAAAGGACAAAGAGAUGGUGGUUUUCUUUAGUUUGCGAGUCACUAACAUGAUGUUUUCCGAGGACCUGUCCAACAAGAGCUCUCCUGAGUACAGGUCAUUGGAGAAUACUUUUCUUGAGCUGAUUCUCCCAUAUCUGCAAUCUAAUUUGACAGGAUUUAAGCAAUUGGAAAUCCUCAACUUCAGGAAUGGUAGUGUUGUGGUGAACAGCAAGAUGAAAUUAGACAAAGAUGUGCCACAUAACGUGACACAGGCCGUGCACUGUGUGCUCGAAGACUUUUGCAACACUGCGUCUAAACGACUAGACAUUGAGAUUGACAGUCGCUACCUGGACAUAGAACCUGCUGACCAAGCAACUCCCUGCAAGUUCUUGGCCUGCAAUGAGUUUUCCCAAUGUGUGGUAAACAGUUGGACCCAGGAGGCUGAGUGUUUGUGUGACCCUGGGUACAGCACUACGGAUGGCCUGCCCUGCCAGAGUAUUUGUAACCUGGAGCCACACUACUGCUUCAACGGGGGCCUUUGUGACAUCAUCCAGGGCCAUGGAGCCACCUGCAGAUGUCCUGUCGGGAAAUACUGGCACUAUCACGGAGUGCGCUGCAAUGAGCUCGUGUUGCUGCCUGUAGACCCAACCAUUUCCAUAGCCUUCCUGGUGGGAUGCCUUACCUUGGUUUGUGUCAUCAUAGGCAUCUUGGUAUUCAUAAACAAGAAAUGUAUCGGGACCCGAAAGACCGUGACUUUGGUAUCCCCAGACAGCGCGACACAACCAGACACGACAAGCUAGUCUCUGAAAUGGUAGAUUUACAUCACCGUAUACCACACAAGAACAAGAGACUGACGAAGUUGAGGAGAAAGUCUUUGUUUCUGGCCAUUUUGAGCCUGUAAUCGAAACCACAAAUGCUGAUGCUCCAGAUACUCAACUAGUCUUUAGAAGGACAGUUGUAUUGUUUCUUUAAUCAGCAAAACCGUUUUCAACUGUGCUAACAUAAUUGCAAAAGGGUUUUCCAAUGAUCAAGUAGCCUUUUUAAAAUGAUAAACUUGGAUUAGCGAACACAAUGUGCCAUUGGAACACAGGAGUGAUGGUUGCUGAUAAUGGGCCUUUGUAGAUAUUCCAUUAAAAAUGAGCAGUUUCCAGCUACAAUAGUCAUUUACAACAUUAACAAUGUCUACACUGUGUUUCUGAUCAAUUUUAUUUUAAUGGAGAAAAAAAGUGCUUUUCUUUUAAAAACAAGGACAUUUCUAAGUGACCACACACUUUUGAACGUUAGUGUAUGUAAAUUAGUCUGGCAUGCUAUAAUCAGCUGUUUUAGUCAUUAAGGGAUAAUUUCUCCUUGACAUUGAGCACAUAUUAAUUUAUUUUAAGUGGGUGUUUAAUAAUGACAUACCGUUAAGCAUGCAUCAUUUAACUAUUUUAAUUGGGGUAUAUUUAUGUAAUUUACCACUAUUUUGGAUAUAUUAUUUCACGUUUCAAUACGAUUACAAAUGUUAUAUGCAAUUUGUGACAUGGAAUAACAUUUGGUAUACCCUUUUUCACUUGUCCUCUUUUCAGUUGUGGUGACCACCAAAUGAAUACUGAACUUGUUGCCUGUUAAGGGCUUCAGAUAACGAAUGCUUUGAGGUAAUUGUUCUUUGAUGGCUCAUCUCUUGCCAGUCUACACAGACUUUAAAAGCAACAUAAGUCUUGGUUGCUUUGAACUUGAGCUGUAUAUUCAUGUCAUGGCAGUGGACUUCUCUAUUACUGGAAUUACAUGGUGAAAUGUACCUAGGAUAGGAUGCAUAAUUUCAGACAGCUGUGUGGAUAUUAAAUGCUGAACUAGAGGGUUGUGUUAAACUGUACAUAUUAAUGGCUAGGUUAUAUAUUGAAGGCUAGGAAUGUUUUUCAGAUACUGUAUAUCCUUCAAAGGUUUUCUUUCCUCACAAUGAGGAAUUUAUUUACACAUUGAUACACAUGGUGGUAUCAUUACCAUAGAUGAGAUGGUUGUUUUAAUGUUAUUCUAACUUGUGUUCAGUGUCCCAAAAAAAAUAAAAUGAAUGUGAACUUUGA